AUGUCUGCUUGCCUUCUUAAUGACAGACUGUCUUUCUGUCCGUUGCAUAACCAGUCUCAUCUUAUUUGCCAAACUCCAAACAAUUUUUCUCUCGCUAUUUCAUCAUUUCAGGCAUUAUCACUUUGCGAAAAAGCUGUGUCUGAUUCACAUGCACAAGUUGAAGCGAUUGCAUUAAUCACUAGUACGUUAUGUCAAAUCACCUGUUCAACCGGAGAUAAUCAGACUGCAUUGCGUACACAAUUUACACGAGCUGCUGCACGUCUUCUACGUAAACAUGAUCAAUGUCGAGCUGUCUGUGCAAGUACUGAUUUAUUUUGGCCCAUAAAACUAUUGACUCGACAAGGAAUUAAACCAAGUGUACUUAUUCCUGCGACAGACAAUAAUCCUGAGAUUUCUACAUAUGCAAAAUUAUCUGAGGGGAAUGUUAUGUACCCGUCGAGUAGUUAA